GGGGCGGGGUGGGUGCGUGCGCAUCCCCAGUCCCCCGCCCCCUGCCGGGCGGUCCUGUCUACUUCGCCAGCGGAUCAGGGGUCUCGCGUUCGCCCCGCCCUCUGCCGCUGCGCGGGGGGGCUCUGCCCCGACCCGACCGGGGAAGGAACAGCCGCGUUACCCCUUCGAGGCUGAAAAUAUUGUUGACAAAACGACAAAAUGAGUAGUCGUCGAAAACGUGCACCUCCAUCAAAAGUAGAUGAAGAGAAGAAGAAAAAGCUCUGCUGGAAUAUGCAUGAAGACCGGAGAAAUGAGGUGAUAACGUUAGAUGAUGAAGAGACUAAUGAGGACCAUGUUCCAGGUCCAAGCACUUCUUCUGCAUCCAUCAUUGUUAUAAAUGAUGAUAGCACUGAUGAAGAUCUCAUUGAAAAAGAAGGCAGUGGCUCAAAAUCUGUUAAGUUUUUAGCAGUUAAUGAUGAGGAAGACUCAUAUUCCAUCUUGACUCCUGUGUCAGUACAGCUAAAUAUUAUAGUCUUGCCAUACCAUGCAGAUGGGUCCUGGAAAGCUCUGUUGGGAGAAUUUGCUCUUCAUCUUCCUUCUGAGCAAGUUUUGACUGAUGAAUUCCGUGAAAGGAGUUUUACUUUGAGAGGAGACUCUGAUGAUCAGCUGCAGCUCUGUGUUCAUGAAAGAAGUGAAGAAGAGUACAGUAAUGAAACAAAAGAAUACCUGGGAGCUUAUGAGCAAUGUAUUUUGGUGAAAUCAACUUUAGGUGGUGAAAUAUUGGAAGGCUUGAGAUGGUUGCAAAAGAAAAAGAUAAUUGGACUUUAUCAAAGACCUGGAGAGGCUCAAGCUUUAAAGGUUGGAAUUUACCUUCUGGAAGCUGGGCUAAGUAAACCAGAGUUUCUCAGUGAUGGAGGUGGAAGACCCAAAAAAGCUAAUCAGCUGAUUCAAAAACUCAUGGAAAAGUUCUAUAGUUUUUUAAUUCCAGAUGAGCUGGAGGAAGAUGAGGAAGAAUCUGACAUGGAAUUAGAGCGACAAAAUAUUGAAGAGCUUUAUGACUUUGUGAGGCACACCCAUCAGCAGGAUAUCCAGUCACUGAGAGAGGAUGUGCAGCACCCUGCGUUAAUUCCUGUUCUGAGGCCGUACCAAAGUGAGGCUGUGAAUUGGAUGCUGCACCGAGAGAACCUCACAAACACUCCAAGCAGUGAGAAUGCACUGCAUUUCUUAUGGCGGGAGGUCAUCACUCUGGAUGGAGUUAAAAUCUACUAUAAUCCAUUUACUGGCUGUAUUAUCCGUGAAUAUCCAAUUGCUGGACCCCAGUGGCCUGGAGGUAUUUUGGCAGAUGAGAUGGGUCUUGGAAAAACAGUUGAAGUGUUGGCCCUUAUUCUGACUCAUACACGACCAGACAUGAAACAAGAUGAUCUGACGUUACCUGAGGGUAAGCUUGUGAACUUCUUUGUUCCACCUCAACCUUUGGAAGGAAAUAAAAAGAAAAAAACAAAGGAGAUGGAGCUUAAAUUGAAGGAGAAAAUACAAUAUCCCAGCUUACGAGUGAUGAUAUUAGCAGCUGUAAAGGAAAUGAAUGUGAAGAAAGGAGCAUCUAUUAUUGCAAUAUUUAAGUACAUCAGUGCUGUAUAUAGGUAUGACAUACAGAGAAAUAGACGGCUUCUCAAAAGAACUCUAGAAAAAUUAAUUGCAGAACAAGUGGUAGAACAAGUGAAAGGACAUGGUCUGGCUGGAUCUUUCAAGCUGGGAAAGAAUUACAAGGAACAGAAGAGGCGAGAAAGAACCAAAGAGCAGAUAGCAAGGACUUCAGAAAGCAGUCAGAAAAAGCAGUUGAUUGAUGCUAAAACUCAAACCAAAGAAUCAAGGAAUAGUGAUGUCACUUCAGCAGAUGUCCUUAAAACCCCUUUACGGGUGGAUAUCACCAUGGAAGAACAUGAUUAUUGUACAGCUGGCAAAAAUAACAGGAAAUCUGAAGCAGAUCAUGAGAACUCUGUAAAAAAGAAUGAUGUUCAGCAGGAAGCUGUGGUCCCAAAGUCUCCCGAUUCACCUGGCAGCCUCCGGGACGCCAGUGGUGUGAGCAGUCAUCCUGACUUUGAUGUUUCUAAAACUACAGCUGAUGUCAAGGAGGAAGUUCCGAAGGACCAGUCCUCACAUUCCCAAGAGCAUGCCAGCAGUAGCAUACAACAUGCCAGUUCUGUAUUUCCCUUCAAUACCUCUGAGUAUCGUUUUGAAUGCAUUUGUGGCGAGCUUGGACUGGCUGACUAUAAAGCUCGUGUGCAGUGCCUCAAAUGUUACUUAUGGCAGCAUGCAGAAUGUGUGAACUACAAAGAGGAAAACCUGAAGAUUAAGCCUUUCUACUGUCCCCAUUGUCUUGUGGCAAUGAAACCAGUUUCCACAGGAGCAACUCUGAUAAUUUCUCCAAGUUCUAUUUGUCAUCAGUGGGUAGAUGAGAUCAACAGGCAUGUAAGAUCAUCUUCUCUUCGAGUUCUGGUGUAUCAAGGUGUGAAGAAGCACGGCUUUUUGCAGCCACACAUGUUGGCAGAGCAGGAGGUGGUUAUCACCACAUACGAUGUCCUCCGCACUGAGCUGAACUAUGUGGACAUACCCCACAGUAACAGCGAAGAUGGGCGCCGCUUCAGGAACCAGAAGCGGUACAUGGCCAUCCCAAGCCCCUUAGUAGCAGUGGAGUGGUGGAGGAUCUGCCUUGAUGAAGCACAGAUGGUUGAAUGCACUACUGCAAAGGCUGCUGAAAUGGCACUCCGUUUAAGUGGAAUAAAUCGCUGGUGUGUCAGUGGCACUCCUGUGCAGCGAGGAUUAGAAGAUCUAUAUGGAUUAGUCCUUUUUCUUGGAGUUGAUCCUUACUGGGUCAAACAUUGGUGGGACCAACUUUUAUAUCGACCUUAUUGCAGGAAAAAUCCCCGGCCUCUCUACAGUCUAAUUGCCAAGAUAAUGUGGAGAUCAGCAAAGAAGGAUGUGAUUGACCAAAUUCAAAUCCCCCCUCAGACAGAAAAUGUACACUGGCUUCACUUUUCUCCUGUGGAGAGACACUUUUAUCAUCGCCAGCAUGAGGUGUGCUGCCAGGAUGCGUUGGCAAAACUCAGGAAGAUUUCUGACUGGACUCUUAAGCUUAGUAGCCUGGAUAGAAGGACUGUGACCUCUAUUCUGUACCCUUUGCUGCGGCUGAGGCAGGCCUGCUGUCAUCCACAAGCUGUUAGGGGGGAGUUCUUGCCGUUACAGAAAAGCACCAUGACCAUGGAGGAAUUGCUUACAUCUCUGCAGAAGAAAUGUCGAACAGAGUGUGAGGAAGCUCACCGACAGCUGGUGUGUGCUCUUAAUGGCUUAGCUGGUAUCCAUAUCAUUAAAGGAGAAUAUGCAUUGGCUGCAGAGCUGUACAGAGAAGUGUUACGAUCAUCUGAAGAGCACAAAGAAAAGCUCAAAACAGAUUCCUUGCAAAGACUUCAUUCUACUCACAACUUGAUGGAAUUGUUGUUGGCAAAGCACCCAGGAAUUCCCCCAACUUUACGUGAUAGCCGACUUGCAGAAGAGGCAGAACAACUUCGACAGCAUUAUAUGAGUAAAUCCAAUGCAGAAGUUGCAGAAGCCCAUCAGGCCUUGCAGCCAGUUCUUCAGACCAUUCGAGAGCUCCAGAGAAAGAUACAUUCAGGUUCUCCUUGGUGGUUGGAUGUCAUCCAGACAGCAAUACAGUAUGCCAUCGAUGAGGAGCUUGUUCAACGUGUGCAAAACGAAAUAACGUGCAACUACAAACAGCAGACUAAUAAACUCUCCAUGGCAGAGAAAUUCCGUGACUGCAGAGGCCUUCAAUACCUGCUCACAACCCAGCUGGAGGACGUGAAGAAGUUCCAAAAGAUUGUAAGAGAAGCAGUGAAAAACUUGGAAGGCCCUCCCUCUAAGCAGGUCAUUGAGGCUGCCACCAUCUGCCAUUUACGACCUGUUAGACUUCCACUUAACAACUGUGUCUUUUGUAAGGCUGAUGAGUUGUUCACAGAAUAUGAGUCAAAGCUCUUUUCUCAUACUGUUACAGGCCAAAUGGCAAUAUUUGAGGAGAUGAUAGAAGAUGAAGAAGGGCUCGUUGAUGACCGUUUGCCCACUACAAGUAGAGGACUGUGGGCAACCAGUGAAACUGAACGUGCCUUGAAAGCAAUUCUCUCCUUUGCCAAAGCUCACCGAAUGGAUGUUAAGCUAACUGAAGAAGGCAGCAUAUUUCUAGAACUCUUUGAAGCGUGGAAAAAGGAAUACAAGUUGCUUCAUGAAUAUUGGAUGGUACUGAGGGAUCAUGUGUCUGCUAUUGAUGAACUGGCAAUGGCUACAGAACGGCUGAGAGUGCGUCAUCCUGAUGAGCCAAAACCAAAUCCACCAGUUCUCCACAUCAUAGAACCACAUGAGGUAGAGCAAAAUCGAGUGAAACUUUUGAAUGACAAGGCAGUUGCCAAAUCACAGCUUCAAAAGAAAUUGGGACAACUUCUGUAUCUCACUAAUCUGGAGAAGUCUCAAGAUAAAACUACUGGGGGAGUUAACCCUGAACCAUGUCCGAUCUGUGCACAUCAGCUGGGGAAACAGUGGGCAGUGCUGACGUGCGGACACUGUUUUUGUAAUGAGUGUGUAGCUAUCAUCAUAGAGCAGUACAGCGUUGGCACCCGACGGAGCUCAAUUAAAUGUGCCAUUUGCAGGCAGACAACAUCUCAUAAAGAAAUAUCAUAUGUCUUCACUGCAGAAACUGCAAAUCAGGAGGAUGAUAUCCCUGUAAAGGGAAGUCACUCCACCAAAGUGGAAGCUGUGGUCCGAACACUGAAGAGAAUUCAAUUUAAAGACCCAGGGGCUAAAUCCUUAGUUUUCUCAACGUGGCAAGAUGUGUUGGACAUAAUUUCAAAAGCUUUGUAUGACAACAACAUGACUUUUUCUCAAAUCAAUGGAAUUAAUAAGUUUCAGGAGAAUCUCUCUGCAUUUAAAUAUGAUCCAAACAUCAAUAUUUUGCUGCUGCCUCUUCACACUGGUUCCAAUGGACUAAAUAUCAUCGAAGCGACUCACGUUCUGCUUGUGGAACCCAUUCUGAAUCCUGCACAUGAGCUACAGGCUAUUGGCAGAGUACAUCGUAUUGGCCAAACAAAAUCUACCAUUGUUCAUAGGUUCCUGAUAAAAGCAACAAUAGAAGAGAGAAUGCAGACUAUGCUGAAAACUGUAGAUAGAAGCCACACAAGCUCUUCCAUGAAACAGUCAGAAGCCUCCGUUCUGACAGUGGCGGAUUUGGCUGAUCUUUUCACAGAGGAAACUGAAGAACUUGAGUGAAAAUAUUGGUUUGGCCUAAUGAAAUCAGAAAGUACCUGACUUAAUAAGCACCGAUUUAUAAUCUACUUGAUCUGUCAUUCCUAUAAACAUCAUCUAACACUGGUCUGUAACAAAGCUAUUGGAAAUCAAAAAGUCUUAAUUGUUACUGUUUUAUUCUGUGGCAGUUUUUAGCAGCACACACGUCUAAUAGCACUGGAGGAAACUUGCACUUUGCACGUUGUACAAAAACAUGGAUUUUAUUCCCAAAGAGCAUUUGAGCUGGGUGCUAGAACUGAAAUCUUAGACCCUUGGUUGAGAAGAUUUUUAUCAUCAGGUUUGGCUAGUACCUCAGUGUGAGAGCAAAACUAGGUGGGUGGUUGGGUGGGAAAGGGAAGCAAAAAAACACAUCUAAUUUUUUUUCUUACUGUACAAAAAUUUAUUAGAAAGAAUGACUGUAAAUUAAUAUUCUUCUAGAGAAAGCUUGUUAGUAUUUAAUGCAGAGUUACCAAAUGUCUUACCGGUAACACUUUAAGUGACUAAUCUUUACUGAUAACUUGGAUAUUUGUAUUAGGCUUUUAGAUAUUCAUAAAGACUUGUGACAGUUAAAAAUUUCAUUGUUAAUGCUUACUCACUGCAAAAUGAUGAAAAUUAAAUUAUGCUUUUUGUAUA